GCGUUCGUUCCAAGCAGACGUGUUUUCGAGUCACUCUCAGAGCUCCUAGUUCUUGUGUCAAUCAGUUGUGUACGUUCCAAACUUUGCGUCAUCCGUCAGCGAAGAAAGUUCCCGCCCAGAAGUGUUUCAUCAUAUUGUGAAGUCGUUUGUUAUUAAUCAACGGAAGAAACCUGCAAACAAAAAAUGGCAAUCGCUUUCUACAUCCCAGCUAUCGAUGAUGAAAUCGAGAAGCAACAUCAGCAGCAAAUGCAGCAGAUGAUUCUGCAACAGCAACUGCAGCAGCAACAACAGCAGAGCCAACCGCAGCAAUACUCUCCACCACCGAGUCCGACGACUCCCAGCUCACCGACGGCUUCAAUUCCACCGACUCCACCAAUGACUCCGACGAUGAGUCAAGUUACGGUGCAUCACAAUCGCUAUCACCUGGUCCAAGCCUUUCACGAGAUUCUCUUCCGUCACGCCCAAGAAAAUAACCCAACUCGCAGCCGAUGUCUCCUGUGCAACAAGCUGUACUACCUUUUGCGGAAGGUUUACUAGGUAGCAACCCUACUAGUUCUUAAGAUUCAUCAGUGCUCGAGAAAGACUCUCAGCAGCGGCUCCGCCGCUGUUCGCAACCGUACUAGCACCCUGGGGAGACCCUUAACGAGGUCUCGGAAAUGGUUUGGCGCCAAAAACAGUUUACUCCAAGAAAAAAGAGGAACCCAGCUGCCAUCGGAAUGAAACUCCGACGGCUUCUAUCGUGUGCGGUUCCGUACGGAAGUUGCGUUCCCGGAAAGACAGUUAAGAUUCUGUGAAAGUCCAGAAAAGAAUCAACGACUCGCUUUGCCGAGGAACACACAGAAAAAAAAAUUGGCGCCAGGACGUCUUGGUUGGUUCGUGUGUUUGGAACCACACCUCGAUAGACGGAAACCAGAGAAAUCAGGGAAGGCAAAUAGAAAAAAUCAAACAAUUUAACAAUCGUAAAACAAUCCAACUACAAACCUAGUUUAAUUAGUGAAAUUUUAAGUGCUCGUAAGUUCGUCUACUAGAUCUUAGAUUUGUAGAUAUGAAGAAAGUGA